AUGACAGUGACAUACUCAUGCAGGGUGGCAGAUGCCCGCCUUGGCACCUUCUCUCACCUUCUGCUGCGCUGGAAGGGGAGCAUCUACAAGCUCCUGUACAGAGAGCUGCUCAUCUUCAGUGCACUUUACUGCUCCAUCAGCAUGCUCUACAGGUUCCUCUUGGAUGAUGGGCAGAGGAGACUGUUUGACAAGCUGGCCAUCUACUGUGACCAGUAUGCACAACUUAUUCCUGUGUCCUUUGUACUGGGUUUCUAUGUGACCCUUGUGGUAUCUCGCUGGUGGGGGCAGUUUGAGAGUGUCCCCUGGCCAGACCGCUUGGCUGCCCUGGUGGGAGGGCAUGUGCGGGGGGUGGAUGAGGGCGCCCGACUGAUACGUAGGAGUCUGGUGCGCUAUGCCAACCUGUCGGGCAUCCUCAUCUACCGUUCCAUCAGCACCGCCGUCUACAAGAGGUUUCCCACCAUGCAGCACCUGGUACAGGGAGGGUUGAUGACAGCAGAAGAGCUGAGGCAGUUGGAGGAACUGCCAUCUCCUCAUAAUAAGUUCUGGGUUCCCUGCAUGUGGUUUGUGAGCCUGGCACUCCGAGCCCGGACCGAGGGACGCAUCAGCAAUGAUGUUGUGCUCUCUGCCAUCCUGAAUGAGUUAAAUAUGUUGCGCUCACAGUGCAUGAAGCUAUACAGUUAUGACUGGAUCAGUCUGCCACUUGUUUACACUCAGGUAGUAACUGUAGCUGUGUACAGUUUCUUCUUGACUUGUCUGAUUGGCCGGCAGUUCCUAGAUACCACCCAGGGUUACCCAGGUCACAACAUCGACUUCUACAUACCUGUCUUCACCUUGCUACAAUUCUUCUUCUACGUUGGCUGGCUUAAGGUGGCAGAACAGCUUAUCAAUCCAUUUGGGGAAGAUGACGAUGACUUUGAGACAAAUUGGUUGGUAGACCGCAAUUUGCAGGUAUCUCUGUUGUCUGUUGAUGAGAUGUAUGAUCUUGUCCCGGUGGUUGAGAGGGAUCAGUACUGGAAUGAAACAGAACCUCAGCCUCCUUAUACAGUCGCCAGUGCCGAGCACCGAAAACCCUCAUACAUGGGCUCUGCUCUGGACAUCAGUGUACCUAAAGAAGAGAUGGAGUUCCAGCCCAACCUGGAGCAGAUCAAAGAGCAUGAGGAAGCCAACCACUCCACUCCUCUCCUGGGCAGCCUGAGCCGGCUGUUGGGUGUCCAGUCACCCAGCUUUCCCUGCUCUGCUCCUUCUUCUCGGCUCUCUCUCCUGCGACGCCGGCCCCGUGCUCCUCUCAGCCGCUUCCCCCUGUAUUUGCACCUAGAAGCCCCAGCAUUGCUUGCCCAUGGCCAAAAUCUGCCUGACACAGACAUGCUCGAGUGUGCCUUCUCUUCCAUGUCCCUUUAUGAGAGACCUGGCUGCUACAGCUGCCCACAAACCCCCAUCCACUCCGUGCCCCCUCCUAUUCCUCGGCCCCGCCCACUCCGUAGGGGGCACAGUGAGUUGGCACAGAGCGUGAGCUCUCUAGCUCACCCACCACUGGGCUCACAGCAGUUUCCGCCUCCAAACACACCUGGUCAGAUGUCCCCCCCACCAUCCUCAACCUUUCUCUUGGUUGGAGAGGAUGGCAGACACCCAUCUAUGCCUGCUUUCUCCUUUCCUGACCCUGUCCCUGAGACAUGCCCUUUGCCCAAACCGUGGCAGACUAACGGACUGAUUUACCAUUGCCCUCUACCCCCUCACCUGUCCCUAAACACCCCUUCCCCUACAGAGGGGCAGCUGGGACCCCUCAGCACCCGUACAGGGGGUGCAGGAGGAGAGAGAGUGUUCUCCUUUACCCCUCCCUUUCGAAAUCUUUUUCAGACCAGUAUAAACUCUGGGUGCACAAAUACCUCAAACACAAUCAAUACCAACAAUAUCAGCAGCACAGGUAAUGUGUGUAAAGGCACAGGACAGGCAAGCAGUUUAAUGAACAACCUACAACCCAUCAACAGAAACAACACAACUCUGACCAGCUCAGCCAAUGCCCUUACUCUUAUUGCUACAGCAACACAGCAAACUGCCAAUCAGCACAACUCCCCUAAAGAUUCUGGUAUCUCAUUGUCCGAGGGUGACUUGCUGGGUGGCCGGGUGCUGCAGAGUGGAACGAUGAAAACCAGCAAGAUGAGGGAACAAUUCUAA